AGAAAAUUACGUUCUCGAACCAGAUUGAAAGUGGGAGAAAACCCCAGACGUUUUUUUUCUCUGCGCUGGCCUUGUGUGGGGAGGUGCUGCAUGUGGAUUUUUUUUAGUGCGCUGGCAUAGUACAGAUUGGAUCCCGGUUCGCCGUGGCGGAUGUAGCUUUUUUUUUGUUGUGGUUUAGUCCAAGUGAUACAAAACUCGAAGGAAUUUGUGAAUUUAUUGGCCCGGCUUUGUUUUGAUGGUGAAGAGAUGAGUCGUUGGUGAUUUUUACAUGAAUAAUCUAUGUAGGUAUUUUGAAAAUACUUGAUCAGGAAUAGCAGUGAUCAACGAGCAACAAUUAUUCGCCAUGGUGAGCGGACGCCCCUUACUGUGUCUAUCGUUGACAAGUUUAGGCAUCAUUAUCGGCUUGGUGUGGUUUCGCCGAAAGAAAUUUAUUGGCUUCGACUCGGGCGGUGAAAAUGCUGCGAAUGGAAAGAUGGAUAUCGUAGAAACUGUCGACAAAAGAACUACCACAGAAGUAGAAAUCCAAGGAACAGACGUUAAACAUACGGAAUCGUUGCCCAUAAAGUCAUCGGUGAACGUGAAAAGUGAAUCCGGCAAAAAUCAAUCAUCCUCAUCGUCCUCAUCGUGCAGUGGAAAGUCUGAUCCCAUUGAUAUCGUGUCCAACACAAGAAGUCCUCCGAAGUUCUCCGAUCAACAGUUAGACGCUGAGUUGUUGAAAUUGAAAAUCGAAGAGUCGGAUAUACGCAACCUUCGUCUGAUUGAAGAGCAGGAUGACUUUUCAAGCUUCGAGUCACCGGCUAACCUACCGGAAACAGUUGAUCGUUUCCAAAGUUUUAACAAGUUCAACAAAUCUUUCGAGCCGCAGAUGGAGCCGGUUGUAGUGAAAGCAAGUAUGACGGCUAAAAUCUCUCCUAAAAAUUCAUUCGCAAGUGAGCUGAUUGUGUCAACAGAGUCACCAGAAUGCAACGGAAAUGUCGAGGCUUCCAGGGCACAAGACAAGGUCAACAACAAUGCCGUACGGGAAGACCCCGUAGCCCGUGAAAGGACUUCUGAAAGUACCGCGAAUAUUGAGGACACCGUCAAUAAUAACGGUUUGAAUGGAACAGUGCCCGUGACUGCUGAAGAACCUCGUUCUCCGGCUGCAAGCCCUCCUCUUAGCGUAUGUAGUAUGCAUUCAGGUGAUUCCGGUAAGGGAUCAAGCCCACCACAGUCAGAGUGUGCCCCAGUCACCAGCUAUGAUUUUCUUCUACCUGUGUACCUGGUGUCCAAACUGCUGGGUCGUAAAGCCAGCUUUGUUCAGUUGAUCAAGUCAAGAACCGGGGCGAAUGUUCUGAUAAAACGGAAUCCUGACACACACAAAAACAAAAUAUGCUCACUGGAGGGAACGCAAGCCGAAAUAGACAAUGCGCUAGCAUUGAUUCGCCGGAAGUUCCCGGAAAAGAGGUUCUCCGCAUUAACGCUGCAACGGGUGCAUGUAAGGCAGACGGAAAAUGUCGUUCCCUUGCCGCUGACCGACACAACAUGCUUUAAUCUACAACUGGUCGAAGGAAUCAACAAUGAUGUGACCGUAUGUUCGAUUGUCAACGGCGGCCACGUGUUCCUGCAGCAACCGCUGCAUCCUUCGUUUCCAUCGUUGAACACGCUGCAGCAGUGUAUGAACAAGAGUUACAACAUGAUUGAGACGCCGCAGCUACCCGAAAUAACGGAGAACGCCAUUUGCGUUGCGGCAGUCCAGGAUAGCUGGUAUCGAGUGCAAACAGUUUCACACGACGCAGAAAACCAGUGCUGUUUAGUCAAAUAUUUAGAUUACGGAGGCUACGCUAGCGUACCAGUUACUAACUUAAGGCAAAUCAGAACGGAUCUUAUGGGAGUGCCGUUCCAGUCCAUCGAAUGUGUGCUGUCUAAUGUUAAACCUAAUGGUGAUUCUGGAUGGUCUCCCGAAGCAUCAGAAGCUUUGUACAGCUUAACAAAAGGGUUAAUUCUUCAGGCUCAGGUGGCAGGUUACACCGCAGAAGGAUUACCAGAAGUCUACUUAUUCGCUUCAUUAGCUAGAGAUAACGUAAUAUUUAUCAAUCAAGAGUUGGCCGCCCGCCAGCUCGCAGUGUGGGAGGAAUAGAUAGAGACGCACUGUGUUCUUCGAUAGAAACCUCAAUGGCUGAUUAUUGAAUAAGUAGUAAACAAUGAAUGAAUUGUAUGAAUAAUACUAGGAAAAAAAAAACCUUGCUGAAAUAUUUUCACACCCUGUCCAACGGAAAGCGGAAAAGUUUUGAGACAAAUUGAUUACAGAACAACAAGAGCAUAAACCGUUGAAAUGCUACUAAUUAUAGAGUUACGUAUUUAGUGCUCCUGAGUGGAAUAAUCCAGCACUCUCAUCAAGGUAUGAUCAGUUUGAUGAAUCUGCAUCAUGAGAAAAAAAGGUUAUUAAAUGUAUAGAGCUAUGCACACAACAUAGGCAGAACAUACACAGAGCAAUCUUAUUAUAGCAAGAAAUCUAGGAAGAAAACUGAGUUUCAAACUAGCAUAUAGGUUUUAAGAGAACAUGUACUGAUUUGUUAGGAUUACAUCAUACGAGAAAUCUUAAUUUUACGUUUUCAUUGAUUAUCCUUUUGUAGUAAUCAAAACUAUAUAUGCAGGUUCGAACUAGCGGAAACUGAAAUUUCUUUUUAGCGGUUUGAAGUUAUGUAGAAUAAUUGAUUUCUUACUUUUCGACAUGUUAUGUGAACUCAGGCAAUAAGGUUUUAUAUAUCGUCAAUACUCGUCAUCAUCGAUAGGCACACAUAAAACAAACGGACAUGUUCAGGCGUUCUUUCCGCUCUUUCAAUACGGCGUUCGUUUUAUUGUUAUAUUCUUUUAUUUUGGGGAUUACAAUAAAAAUGUGUAUGUAAAUAGACAACUAUUUCUAUAUUUAGGAUCCUAGGAAUGUUCUUCAAAAGCGCAAUAAAAUAUAAAUAGAAAUUGCAACAACAAAAAAAUAGAAAUGUGCAGAAGACCCACUGGCAAAAACAAUCAUUUCAAGUAAAACCAUUUUAAAUUCGUUUUGUUGUAUCAUAAUUUACAGUUUAAACCGUAAAGUUAAGAUAUUCCUGUGAUUAUUAUAUACAAAGAAAGAAUAAAAAUGUUGGGAAACGUUUUUCUUGAGUAAUAGCUUUUAGGAAACAAUAUGGAAUGAAUCAACACAUCGAAAUUGAAUUUUACCUUGUCAGAAUAUAAAGACUCACGCGUUGCAAAUUUUUACAUCGUAAUUAUUUCCCCCAGAGCUCAGCAAACAAGUCGAAUUGGGUAUUAGUGGUUAGAUGCCGGUUUUCAAGUUUGGUACUGGAUUUAAGUGCAUCUACAUCAAAUGCAGGAAACACAUCAUGGAUUUUUAUUUUCAUUCGGACUAUUCAGAUUUCCAUUUGCUACUUAGCAAUUUUAAAAUGUACAUACGUAGACUCUGGUCUGACUAAAUUGUCUUCUGCAUUUAGAUUGAAACUUCCUUGCUGUGAAACAUUCUGUUUUUGUUAGGAAUGCUUUCCUCUACCAUACAUAUAUUAUCCUGUUAUGGAAGUUUUCUGAAUUUCCAACGCCACGAAGAUGACGCACAUAUUCCGUUACAUGGCGACUUUCAGUCGAAAGCGUGAUAAGAAAUUUCCAAAUUGAAACGCCACAGGCUGAGAACUAUUAACUGAGAUUUUUUGAAAUAUUCUUGUCAGAUAUCUUAUAUUAGAGUUCUUCCUUGGUAUAUAUUUAAUGCAGUUUGAACAAAUUCUUUGGGACAAGGUUUCCAGGUUGCACAACAACAUAUCGGUAAGUUAUCGGUAACGGGUUAUGUUUGCGAAAGUGUAGAAAUUUGCAGCGCUUAAUGGGUAACACUACAUUGGAGAACUGGCUAAAUUCUCAAACCAGAUAUGUGCGUUGUCCACCCUUGCUACCAUAGAACGAAGUCGAAAGAAGAUGGUCUAAUGCUAAUGACUAUUUCGUAUUUCAUCAUUCAGUUUCUCAUCACUAGAAAACAUAAAAAAAUAGUAAGAUAAAAUUGGAUGCAACUAAAAUUGAAAGUUACUAAACUGUACAAUUUUUAAACGUUUCGGAUGUAAGUCAUGAGUAGCAUGUUUUAAAACUUCCAAUAACAUCAGUGUCAUACGGUUCCGCAGUGAGCAGCGACAAGGGCGUAUGUGAUCAAUCCAGUUCUGACCUACAAAUGAAUUCCUGAUUGAUUUUGUUGAAGGUAAUAAAUUGCCAAUAAACUACUCAUUUAAAAAUUCACACACAAGCACUUUCUAAAAAUUGAAGAC